GGAAGUGUUAAUGGAAGUGACAGUCAGAUGACAAUGUCUAAGAGAAAGUUACUUAAAGUUAUAGUUUCGUUGUUAAUUAUUGCCAGUGCAAGAUAUUUUCCUCUUGUAAAUUCUAGUGGCGAAGAUAGUAUAGUGGCAGAUUUCUACGAUGAAACAACAAUUAAUCGCAUCGCGUUCGGAAGUUGCAGGUAAAGGGCAAGAACGUAUAAAAUGGCGUCACCGCUUUGCUACUUUUCCCUCAAUAUUUUCGCCUAUUUAGCGAUUCUUCUGUUCAGCGAAGUCAUAUUUGUACUAUACUACAUCGGAAGUGUAUUUAAAAUGGCUAGAAGUAUAAGCAAUUUUCUUGCUACAAUGAAAAAGGUGUACAUGAUGAGCGUCAGAAAUCUACACUAGGGAAGUGUCUUCAUCAUGUAUUCAACUCGGGCAAUAAUACAUUGAUUCUUUUAUACCUCAGGAACGUAUUUGUGCGUGUGUGUUUUUUUAAUCUUUCUAAUUGCAUUAUUAUUGUAUGCUGUACAUUUCAGUUUCCCCAAGAAGCCUCAACCACUUUGGAAACAUAUAUCGAGUCAACAACCAGAUGUAUGGGUUUGGCUUGGAGACGGUAUGUAGGACUUCAAAACAAUUAUUUGAAAAUAAUAAUAAUAAUAAUAAUAAUAAUAAUAAUAAUAAUAAUAAUAAUAAUAGUAAUAACAAGUCUAAUCCACUCCAUGUAAAUGCACAGCACAAGUCAAAUCACUCCAUCACUGCAAAAAAAAUAAUAACUCAGAACUUGGAACAUAUAUAUAUUUUUGUAAUAUUCAUCAAUGAUUAAUGAUCUGGGACAAUUUUAAAUGAUUAUUAUCCUCAAACACACACCACCUUUGGGGAAGGCUGCUUUGAAAUACUUUAAAACGUUAACUCCCAAGAUCGGAUUUUAACUCUCCUCUUUAAUAAUGAGAAUUUUGUGUUAGAUCAAGAUGACAACUUCUACCUGAUAAGUUUGAGUAUUCCUAUAGUCUGUUUGCUGAAAAAUGUAUGCAUAUUAUAGGGAGAAGUUAAAUGUUGGUCACUUCUGGGAGUUUAAGGGUUAAAAUGUAAAAAAGAGGAUUCAGCAACUUUCACUUCAAUUCAAUAUUCACAAGGUGAAUAACACAUUUAGAGAACAUAAUUUAACAUACCUUUUUAGAUAUUUAAAUUAUAGAUAGUGAAAAAUGAGAUCAUGUUACAUAAUGUACAUUACAAGCAAUUUGCUAGAAUCAUAUUGAAGCUUCUUCAAUUUGAAAUUAAUUAAAUUAAUAUUUAAUUGUGUUUGUUUUUGUAGCUGUGUAUGCUGAUACCAAAGUAGCACCACUUCUGUGGACUCCGUCUCCUCUCAGUGAAAUGGUGGAAAAAUUUAAUUACUUAAAGUUCUCGUCAGAAUAUCAGGUGUGACACAUGCAUUUUUGUCUUCUUGAUAUGUGUAGUUGGAUAUUGUAUUGCUGUUGUUUCUAGUGAACAACAUAUGUAGCCAAAAGCUGUCAUGAUCAAUAGUAUGCUUAUAGUAUCUAGAAUUUAAACACCCUUUGACCUUUAACACUUUCACUCCCACAAGUGACCAAGACAGAAUUUCUCCUUACAAUAUCUAUACAAUAUCAAGCAGGUAGGUGAUGAGAAUAGAGAAGAAUAUCAAUUAUGGGAUUAUUAGUUGAUCUAAUACCAAAUUCUCUGCACUAACGUCACAAGAAUCAUAUGGCAGAUAGUAAGGAGAAUUACUAAUUAGAUCUUGGGAGUGAAAGGGUUAAAAGUGACUAGCAUCUAGGUUCUCCUUACAAUAUCUCUCCUGAGUUCCACAUUCAUCACCAAACAAAGAAGCUGUUGAUUGUUAAACAAAUUCUCUUUGUCAGCACCUUAGGAAAUGUAUAAAGAACAACACGGAAAAUAUGCAUAUUGAUAAUAGGAUGUAAGGGGUUAAUGUUGUUUAUUGAUAAAUAACUUUAUAGGAAUUCCUUAGAAGUGGUAUUAAGGUUUUGGGUGUGUGGGAUGACCAUGACUAUGGAAUGAACAAUGGAGGAAAGGUUGGUUAUUUAUCAUUACAUUUUAUUUGCAUGUUUGGUUUUUAAAACAGAUAUACAUGUAUAAAAGGAAUGAGGAAAUGGUAAUACUCCCAGUCAAUGAAUGCUUUGAAAAGCAGAAUAAAAUGGCAGUAUGGUUCAACUUAACCUUUUACACAGAGGAGUGUCUGGCAAGCAAAGAAAUUGUUAAUGAAUUAAUUAUGAUUUAUCUUUUCAGCAUUACAAAGAUCGUCUUCAAGCACAAGGUGUUUAUUUAGAUUUUCUAGAUGAGCCUGCUGAAAGCAUACGACGCAGGCGAGAAGGCACUUAUGUAUCAUACAGCUUUGGUACUGGAGAUAAGAGCAUCAAGGUUAGAAUAACCUUCUUAUGGUACCCAUUAAAGCCAUUUUUAACAGAGUGACAUGUCUUUGUUUAGAAAUUUGAUUACAAACUGUUUCAUUAACAAUUAGAAGUGAGUUUGAUGCCAGGGUGCAACUCAGCAGCAGUAAUGCAUGUUGAUAAUAAAAUGAUAAAAUUUUUUUUUCUUGAAAAUAAAGAUAACCUUUAACAUGAAAAAAGCUUAAAUCUCUACAGAAAAUUGGGAAUGCAAUCUGAUUGCAACUCAAAGUUCUAAAAUCGGACAAAGUCCAGUUUUUCAUUUGGGGGAGAUAGCUCUUACACUUUCUUUAAAAGGUUGAUUACCAUAAAAGGGAGUUUGUCCACCUUUUUGUAAAAUCUUGAAAUUUAAAUGAGCCAAGUUUAACUCUUUGAACUUUAUUUUUUAUGUGAAUUAACGAAUAAAUUGAUAAUGGGAAUAAAUUAAAUAUGAAUAAAUUACAAAAGAAAAAGCAAAAUCUCCUUUUUCAUGCUCUGAAACUCUGCCAUCAAAUUAAACCCAAGUUCAAACAUGUUGUCCACUGUGAGGGGAUAGAGGUUAAGUUUUUGAGGUGCACAUCCUGACAGGCUGUGUAUUUCUUUUGGUCCUUGAGGACUGAAAAAUACAUGUACAAUUUAUAUGCAAUUUAUUUGUUUUUAGCUUAUUCUUCUUGACACUCGUUCACAUCUUAAAUGGGGCCCAGAGUGUGAUAUUUUAGGAGCAGAGCAGUGGUCAUGGCUGGAGACCCAACUUAGUGAUCCAAACCCAGCUGGACUUACUAUCAUUGGCAGUGGAAUACAGGUGAAAAAAACUGCUGAAUUUCUGAUAUUUAUUUCUUAGUUAAUUAAAUGAUUAUUUAAUAUUACCAAAGCCACCAUCAUUUACUCAAAGUCACUACAAAUUUUUUGUUUACAAAGCAGCAGAAAGGACACAAGGUUUUGUCCUUAUUUGUCCCACCUUGCACCAAAAAGAACAACAACAAAAGCAAAGUUACCAGGACCAUAUUUUAUGUCAAAUUUCCAGAGUAGCUAAGAACAUAUAGCUAAUUUAUGGUAGAGAAAAAUAUGGUAUUUAAAAAUCCCAACUGGAAGGAGACAGAUCAGUUGGCUAUAUAUAAAAAGUGCAGUCAAGGAGUUGCACUGGGGGCAACUGAGGACAAAUGCAGUGAGAAUCAGGAUGGAAGGCUUGAACUCAGGACGACCAGAUUACUAGCCCAGCGCCCUAACUCACUGACUGCCACACUGCCUCCAUUGCCCUCAAUGAUUUUUCAUGUAACUCUCUUGUACAGGUUAUUUCUGACGUUCCUUAUACAGACAGAUGGACCGGUUGCCCGUCAAGCUAUGAUCGUUUGAUUUGGCUUGUACAAAGGAAUCCAAGGGUAGGAAUCUUUAGCUUGAAAAAAAAAAAGUUUUCGUAAGUGUUCAGGGACUUCUUUAUCAAUGAGGGACAGUGUUUAUACAGUGAUGUACUGCAGUUGGUUCACAACACGAGUGAAACAACAUGAAACACAUGUGGCCAUUGAAGUUCAUUAUGAAAUAACUGCGAACGCUACUGCCCGCUUGUUUUAAGAGUUUUGCGGCUCGAGUUGAACUUGGUGUGGGCCAUGAUUUCUGUGCCGAAGUUGUAUUUGUCCAAUGCAGCAGUGAAUAUAUCUGAGCAGUGACAAAGAGAGCUCAUUCAUUUAGCGCUCAGCUUCAGCUCAUUACAGGAUUCUAAAGCACAACAGAAAUGGUGGCAAACAAUUACAGUGUAUGCAAAAGUUUCUCUAUAAUAAGCGGCAAUUUUCAACAAUCCUCAAUCCUUAAAUAGCUUGACGUAGAUCACUAUCUUUUGUAGACCAUACCAUUUUUUCUUUCUUGAGGUAUUUUCCUCUUGUGUUUUAUUAAUUUAUCUUGGAAUCUCAGUCUUCUGAUCCUCGUUCUUAUUGCAGGUGAUUCUCAUUAGUGGAGAUGUCCACUUUGGAGAAUUUUCUUGUCUCAAUAGCACAAGCACGGGUAAGAUAAAAAGUCUGCUUUCAAUCCGUUUUUCCAACGAAAAGCCAACUGUUUCGCAAGAACGAUAACUGUAUCUUUCUAAUUCGUGAAAACAAAGUAAUAUCCUUGUUAAGGUUACUUGUUGCCAUCAGAUGUCAGGUGCUCCGAACAUUUUUCAAAAAAGCAAGCGAUGAAAAGGAACUGUGACUCUAUUAAUUUGAUGAUUCAGCAUAGUACAUUCAUAGUUUCUUAUAUUCUCCUGGUUAAAAGGUGAAAACUGCUUACAAUUAGAGGUUUUUUAUACACUUUCAGCAUCUGGAGCUUUUUAAUGAAUAGACAUAAGUUCAAAGAAAAUUUUGAUCAUUUUAAAAUAAACACCCUUCAUAAGACAUAUCUCUAUCUGAUCAUUGCAUUUUUCCCUUUCAGGCUAUCCUCUCUAUGAGGUUACUUCCAGCGGACUCACAGCCACUUGUGUAUCUUGGAUGUCGAAAGCCACGUGCCGCUGGCUUUUAGAGUGAGUAUAUUAGGCAACUUUUUAUUUUUCCGACCCUUACGUCAGCAUCUCCAAUUAACAUAAAAUUCCCGCCGGUUUUAAGCGAAUAAAUUUGUAAAUGAAAAUUAUAUUCCUGCUUUAGACCCAUCUAAACGUUGAAAUCGCUGAAAAGGGUAUUUUGAAUUCCCCCUCUCUUUGUCUGACUUAUUGCACUUAAUAGGCUCUAAAUAUGGAUGGAAUAAUCAGGAGAAGUCGAGAAUCAACAGAACUUGUUUCGUGUGACACUUCCUCGCAAUCCUAAAAACACUGGGAUUUUGCGGUCUUUAUAAUCCUCCUAUGAGCCCUUGAUGACCUCAUGCUUUAAACCAAAGAAACCCCGCUGUUUGUUGGUUUUACUAACAAGCAAGAAUUGGAGAAUUUUGCAAUUGUAAUACGCGACUGCCAAGAUGAGUUAAUAAUCGUCGAAUUCUUGAAAUAGAGAGUUGAUCAUCAUGCGCCAGUUCAAAGACUCGUUGAAGGUUGAACAAGGGAACAUUUGUACCGACUGAUAUCAGAAAGUACAAUGAAGUCCUUUUCUUGUCGAGAUUUGAUACCAGACGAUGUCUCAUGUGUUCGGGGAGUCACGAAAUACAAAUUUGUUUCAAGACAAACGUUCAUUGUUUGAAUCUCGAUACAGCUAUUUCAAAAAAGACCCAAGUUUAUACUGCUUAUUUCUAUCUCAAAGAGCUAACUAAAGCUUGUAACCUGUUCAAGUGACGGUUAAUUUUUAUGAUUUAGGCUCUUAACGGUCUUAUUUAGUACCUGCCACGAACAAUUUGUAUCUUCAUUUUUCAUUAAUUCCUCAUGGUGGCGUUGGUGGUAUAGUGGUGAGCAUAGCUGCCUUCCAAGCAGUUGACCCGGGUUCGAUUCCCGGCCAACGCAAAUGUUAUUUUUCUUUUCUUGCAUUACCGUUUUCCUAACUUUAUCCUUUUCUUUGUGUGUAACACGGAAUGACCGGGAUGGGUAAUUAAGUUUCCCCAAAAGAGUAAUUCUCGGCCCAGAAAAUAUAUUACACAUGGAAAUGCGGUGUUGAAAUAGAGGAUUUCCUAUUGAUAUAGAUUUUGGGCGGAUCUAGUUGAAUAAAACUGGAUAAGCUAACGUAAGACAUUUUAAUGUCUAACCAAAUUAGAGUAAAACAUAAUGAACAUAUCUCAUGAACGGAAAAUUUUCAUGUCAAUACCAUCUGUCAUUAAGCUUUUUUUAAAAAAAUUACCUGUAUGUUUAAGAUUCUCGCUCCCCACUUUUCAAGACAAAAUAAUAAAAGUCGUGAACACUUAAUUUAUUCGUUGCUAAUACGGUUUCGGAACUUUUUCCUAAGCAAAUUGUGGCGUUUUAAAGAUCAUCCCAUCUGCAGGUUGUUUGUAGUUUCGGCUACAAAGCUGUCUUUUCCCUUUUUCUCUUUUGGUUGAAAAUACAGUUAUAGUUAGGGUGGGUUGCAUGUAACGUUUGAGUACUCAGUUUAAAAUUUAUGUUUUGAACAAAGGUAAAAAUUUCUUCCAGGUACGUGGCUUGAAAAUGAAAUAGAAUUUACUUUACAAUAGUGUAAAACUAUACUUUAGUUUCUGUCGCGAGCUUGCGAAGUCAGUGAGGUUAAUUCAAGUCCAGUUUUGUUUGUCUGUAGAAUAAUUUCGUUAUUUUUAUUCCUUUUUUUCCUAUAGGAACGUUUUAACAUCCUCUAAACGUACCCAUCCGUUUAUAACUGAACUAAAUUACGGUUUAAUAACCGUCCACUGGAACGAUCAACCAGUAAGUAAUGUGUGGUGCUGUGAUUCAGUGACAGUCCUUUACGAGUUUUAUUGAGCCUAAAACAGCUGUAGCCCUAAGCAAACGAAAAAAAUCAUAAAUGGUGCCUUCAUGAUGACAUUUACUAUUAUGGAUAACUCUUGUUGCCUAAGAAAUUUGAACAGUAUUCCAUUUUUCAUAACAAACUACUGACUGAAUCCUCGAGUGUAUUGUGGCCUGACUUUCAUCUCUAUACAAUGGAACCAAUACUAUCACAACCGUGAGCAAUACAUUCAAACUAUGAUAUGGAAUAGUUUUUUGUUGAUUUAUAAUUACAUUCGUUAUUUUUGCUGCGGAAGAAAUUUAGAUAACAGUGUUUGUGAUCUUGCUUACGUAGACAGGGAAGGAGAGAAACAAAAUUGUUUUUUCGUGGCCCCGUUUAGUCCGUACCAGCAGAAGGUCUCGAACGAUGACUGGUUAACAGCAGAACCCGCAAAACGUUUUCUCUCGUCUUUUUCAGAUCUCUGUUACAGUAGAAGUACGUGGAGAAACUGGAAGCUAUCUCAAGCAAACUGUAUCUUUAGGUCAUUUAGAGAGGGUAGGCACUGAUUUACAUGCUUCAAUUAGUUUACUGUCUGAUGAUAUCCUUGGUUAUUUGUUGGUCUAGCUUUUUUUCGUUAUUUACAUCUUUUUAUUGAUUCAUUCAUUCAUUCACCAGCUAUUUAUUCUUCUUCGUUUUUAACUAUGGGCUUCGUGUUCAUAGCUGCAAAAGGAGAGCGAGGCGAUGAUCGAAGUCACGGCAGUUCUUAGCAACAUCAUCAUCCCUAACGAGCAAUUGAACUUCAAACCUUCGAAUUUUCGCUGAAAUCUGUCAUUAUGCGACGGCGGAGCUCAAAGUUUACCAUCUCUCCUUUCUUCUGUUUAUUGUUAAAAUUCAUGCAACUUUGAAAGGGAGGUUAUUUUUCUUCUUCUUCCUAUUACAGGUGAGAGAUGCUAGCCACUGUCCACAGAAAUUAGAAGACCCUCCAGUUAUCAAGAAAAAUUUAUUUUACGCAAUAGCCAUUUGUAUACUCACGAUUAUCUUUGCGGGACUCUCAAGGUAUCGUUUUUGAGACUUAUGCAGUGCAGUUGUGAAUGACUCUCUUUAAUGAUGUAGGUAACUGCUACACAUAGUAAUGAUAAAAAGUAGUGGUGAAAGCCACUUUUUCGGAACCUUCAGUCUUAAGGGGUUCAUCUAAGGUCUCUCGAGAGGAGUCACCUUGCCGGGGGAUGAAAAGGUUAGAGAUCGUGACAACAAGGGUAAGGAGGGUUGAAAAAUCAGGGAGAAUCUAACUCUGGCUGUCAAGGGAGACUCUAACCUAAUGUUUCGCGCGCCAGAAUACUGGUUUAAAGGUCUGAGUCUGAGCCUUGGCAAGAUCACUGUGUUGUGUUAAUCAGGAGUUAGGAAGCUUUCUUCACCCGGGAGAAUAAAUGAAUACCACCGGGCCAACUAUCAAGAAAACGUGACGAACCUUUAGAAGCGGGGAGGGGAGGGGAGGGGGGAGUUUGCGAUGGGUUCGCGUCUCAUCCUUGGGCUUGCAGAACUGCUAGUCACUUCAUGCUACAGAAACCGGAAUGUGAGCCGGCAAUUAGUUAGGAUCGAGAACAGACCUCAAGGCCUCUUAGCUUUGCGUUGGAUAUUGAGGGAUACGAGAGAUAAAUGGAGCGAUACCCAAUCGAAAGUGCGAACGGCAACGAAAAUUCUCAAAAGUAACUGCUAAAGUUGGAGAUAGGUCCCGUGUUGGCAUAAACUGGCCAAUAAUUCACAAGAGUUUAUGAAUGUGCUGAACGUCUCUACCCAACUUUCGAGUAGUUUCCACACUUAGCUGGCAAGUGCCAAAUCAGAUCUAGAGCCAUAGUCAUUCUUCUCGUUAAUGGCGAAACUCUCAAUAGAGUUCUCUUUAGCUCGGGCUAGAGCCACGAAGCGCGAAAUCCAAAGGCCUGAAGCUCGAUUCUUCAAGGGGAAUCAAACAUUUUUUUGUCUCCCACCUGUGACAACCAAGUACGUAAUAUACUUUUUUACCAUUAUUCUUUCAGGCUCGUUAUCUUCAUUCUCAAAAUACUUUUAACCAAGAUUGUGCUUCCACUGCUUGGAGUAACCCUUCAGGCUCCCUCUAGCUCUGGUUCCAGCUUGCAACACAUCAAGCACAAAAACAACAAAAUCCUCAAAGCGGAAUAACUGACUUGUGUGUAAAUACGACAAGGCAGGAGAGGAAAGAAAUGUGAUAAUGCAAGAGACUGCUCACAAAAUUUGAAAUUUAACUGUUUAUGUCGAUAUAUUUUAAUAAUUUAAUUGUUCCAAUUUGUAAUUUGAGUAUUUUUUUUAUACAUUUUGAAUCUCAAUUCUUUGUAUUUAAAACGUUUCAAAUUGUGUUUUAUCGACGGGGAAUUAGAGGUCAAUUAUAUUUAUUGAUUGGUUUUCAAGUGGAGAGAGCUACGCUCUUUAAAAUUGAAUUUCUUCUCAGCAUUUAUCAAUUCAAUUCCCAUUUUUCUAAAUUGUUUUGAAGUUUAGAAAUUCUACAUUUAAAUAUUUAUAUCAAUCGAAUAAUCAAAAUUCUUCUUCGUCUUCAUGGCUCGUUGCCUGCACGUGGCACAAAGACAAACAGAGCACACCCUUUUGAACCGUUUAACUUCUCAGAAAUGAUUGGUAGCCGUCCUUUUUAGGCGUUAAAUAUCUACCUGUAUAUUAGUUCAGGGAAAGUUGUUUUGCAUGAAGAAAACAUCCUUUUGCUCUUAAGUUUAGCUUUCCACAUCACUCAUUUACGUGAGGGGUUUUUCUUGAUGUGCAGGAAAUUGGAAAGAAAAGUGAGGUUCUGUGUCGUCGCAAGGUGCCUCUUCUUGGUCGGCGUGCAUGGAGUUGUGGGAUUUCCUCGUGCUCCUUAGUUACUGUGCGGUGGAAGUCAAGUGCAGCUCUACCAGUUGCUUUGUCGGUUUAGCGGGUUAAAACGCUCUGAUUAAUUUGUUUUGGAAGUCAACCAAGUCUACCCAUGCCAACGUAAACUUUCAGAGAGUUUGAUAUUUCCUGAUUCAACAAAGGAUUUUCACACAGAAAUGAUGAACUUUUUAUAAGCAGUACAUGCAAAAUAUUUCAACCAGGUGAAACACUUUACCAUUAUUUCGUAAUUUUUAAGGUGGACUUCUCAACGGCUCUCAGGAUGAGCGAGUGAUUGAGAGUAGUCGCGUUUUUAUUUCUUUUUUUUCUCUUCUUUAACAUAUGCAAUUUCGUCCCGACAAGAAACGUUAUUCGUAAUUGUUUCAACAACUAACCAAAUUUUCUUUAGUCUGUUAGAGACAGUCAUGUCGAUUGAGACAGAUAAGGGAAAGAGCUGUUCAAAUACUAUCUAAAUAGACGGAAUCCACAAGUUUUUCUGGCUACUUUAGGAGUUCCAUUAAACCUAAAAUAAAUUUUUGUUGGUUAUAAAUCUGUCUCGGUUAAUGUCUGGUUAUUC